AAAGUGCUGUUUCACCGUGUUAUUUCUUCUCAGUGCACUGAAAAAUCUACACAUGUGUACACAUGAUACCUCUAAGAAGCAACAGAAAGGCUCCAAACAUGAAACAGUAUUGGCUUGUGAUCUGGGCUGGAACACUGUUUUUGAGUCCAGUCACUGCUGUCUGCAACAUUACUUCACAAAUCGUUGCCUGUGAGGAGUCUGGAAAGGACCUCUUUAAUAUCUCAUUCUACCUUUUUCAAAAUGUUACUAAAUUAAGCCUCAAAAACAAUAAAAUCACUUUAGAAAAUCAUGACAAAGAGAUUCUUGGACGUUUUAUUAACCUCACUGAACUUCAUCUGAAUGAAAACAACAUUACUGUACUGAACAAUAACAGCUUCUACAACCUGAAAAAUCUUGUAACUCUGGAUAUUAGCAACAAUUGUAUUAGCACAGUUCAUAAAGCAGCAUUUGCAGGACUAAAUCAACUCUCAGUGUUGAAUCUAUCCUAUAACAUGAUUGCUCAACUGGAUUCAGAUACAUUCACUUCUCUCAAAAGCCUGACAGUUUUAAAUCUACAGUAUAAUUUUCUGAAAUUUUUUCAUAUAAAAUCAUCUUUUAAACUGGUUAAAAUUGUUUUAGCUGGAAACCCAUGGAUCUGCUCCUGUGACCUCCUUGACUUACAGAUAUGGCUAAAUGCCUCCAGUGUGACAUUAGAAAAUGAAAGCAACACUACAUGUACAUUUCCAAACAAGGAAAAAAUCUCCAUCAAGAUGGCAGCUGACUGCAAAACUGAAAAGACUCCUUUAGAAAACAUUGUAACUUCCACUCCUGCUGUUAAUCUUAGAAGUAGUGCCUUAAUAACAGCUCUGACUCCAAAGAACAUCACUGGAAACAAUGGAACUCGUGCAGGGCUACCACUUGUUGGCAAAAGUUGGACCUUCCUAGUGGGUGUCCUCGGAUUUGUCCUAGGCACGACACUCCUGAUUUUUACUGCUGUAAAAUGCCCAGCAUGGUAUCACUACUUGAUGAGCUACCGUCACCGUCGUCUGGAAGAAAAUGACUCAGAAAGGUUUGAACAGGAGUUCUCAGCUGACAUCAGCCCUUCUUCAGUAUUGGGUACAAGCAGUGAAGAACCCAUUGUAAUAUUUGAGAAAGUUCAUGCAUGUGGAGAUGAAGAAGAUGGAUUUAUUGAGGAUAAAUACAUAGACAUUUAUGCAAAUGAGGAGUGUUAGUGUCUUAAACAAGAGAUGCUGAACUAACAUUUCAAAAACAUAGUACACUUGUA